AUGUAUCGCUACAGAAUAAACAUUAAAUACUGGUUUUACAGUAAACUACAACCCCCAGACAACAUGUUCGCUGGCAAGGAAUACUCCUACGACGCCUUUGUGGCUUAUACCGAGGAAGAUUACUUAUGGGUGUCCGGGCAAUUACGCCCCAAAAUGGAGCUGACGGACGAUCCCAUCAAGCUGUGUGUCCACAACCGAGACUUUAUUCCCGGCAAACCAAUCCAUGAAAACACUGUGGAUAAAAUCAGAGAAAGUCGAAAGAUCCUGUUGAUUAUAAGUAUUGAUUUCCUCAGAUGUACCUAUGGACCUCUGGAGAUCGAAUAUGCUGGUAUCAACGACUCAUUUUUAACUAUUAAAAAAAUCCAUAAGUAUGGAGAUCGUCGAAGAAACAAGUGA